AUCUCUCAACUGAAAGAUCCAAAGGAGGGAAACCAAUAACGGCUUAUCCUUUGUUAGAAAAAAAAAAGCUCUCUCUUUUUCUCUUUCUCUGAUGUCAAUGGCAGUGCCUCAGCUAAGCCACUCUCUGGAAAAUGAACUGAAAAGUGAAGACUCAGAAUUCCCUUUCAAGGAAAUUGGAAAUGAAGGUCUCACAAAACGGGUUCUUAGAAAAGGAGUCACUUGGCAAACUCCGUUCUCUGGAGAUGAAGUGGAAGUUCAUUUCAGAGGACAAGUUGAAAACGGAGCAUCACUUGAAUCCAGUUAUGAUAAAGGGUCCCCAUUUCGUUUCAAAAUAGGCCAAUGUGAAGUUAUCAAAGGUUGGGAUGAAGGAGUUGCCACCAUGAAGAAGGGCGAGAAAGCAAUCUUCAAAAUUCCACCUAACUUGGCAUACGGCGCAGUAGGGUCUCCACCAUUGAUUCCUCCCAAUGCAACUCUCAUUUUUGACAUUGAAAUGCUGUCUUGGUGUACCAUCAGGGACUUGACUGGUGAUGGAGGAAUCAUGAAAAAGAUAAUUCAGGAAGGAGAAGGAUGGGCAACCCCUAGGGAAGCUGAUGAGGUGUUAGUGAAAUAUGAAGCAAGACUAGAAAAUGGGAUGCUUGUUUCCAUGUCUGAGCAAGGUGUGGAGUUUAAUGUAAGUGAUGGGUAUCUAUGUCCUGCCAUUGGCAUAGCAGUAAAGACAAUGAGAAAGGGAGAGGUGGCAGAACUAGCUUUGAGAUUCUGCUAUGGACUCGGUGAAAAUUCAAAUAGGACCGCUGAGCUUGAUGGUUGUCUCUCACCAGAUUCUAAAAUAACUAGCAUCAAGCUUGAGCUGGUAUCAUGGAAAAUUGUAACUGAUGUCGCAGGAGAUAAGAAGAUACUGAAAAAAAUUAAGAAAGUUGGCGACGGGUUUGAUCGUCCUAAUGAAGGAUCCCAAGUGAAAGUGAUAUAUGUGUGUAAACGAGAAGAUGGUACAAUUAUUGAGAGGAAAGGAUCAGAGGAAGAACCCUUUGAGUUCACAACUCAGGAAGAACAGGUACCUGAGGGUCUAGAAAAAGCAAUAAUGACAAUGAAAAAGGCAGAACAAGCUCUGGUUACUAUCAAUGCUGAAUAUUUGUGUGACCAAAAUAAUUCACUGGGAAAAAUAGCCAAUAAUAAAGUCCUUUAUUACGAAGUUGAAUUGGUUGAUUUCGUCAAGGAGAAGCCAUUUUGGAAAAUGGACACUCAAGAGAAAAUAGAAGCUUGUGAAAGGAAGAAGCACGAUGGAAAUAUGUUGUUUAAGGCUCAAAAUUUCAGGCGCGCAUCCAAGAAAUAUGUAAAGGCCAUAAAAUACAUUGAGUUUGAUCACUCAUUCAGUGAUGAUCAGAAGCGUCAUGCUAAUACCUUACGAUUAUCCUGUUAUUUGAACAACGCUGCUUGUAAAUUAAAAUUGGGGGAGUACACUGAAGCUUCUAGUCUAUGCACAAAGGUCCUAGAAUGUGACCCUUCAAAUGUGAAGGCUCUUUACAGAAGAUGCCAAGCAUACCUGAAAACAUCAGAGUUGGAGAAAGCGGAAGCUGAUAUCAAAAGAGCACUGAUUAUUGAUCCAAAUAACAGAGACAUUAAACUUGAGUACAAAGAGCUCAAACUUAAGCAAAAGGAAUACGGUAGAUAUGAAGCUGACAUCUUCAGCACAAUGUUUUCAAGGAUGGGCUAGUUUCAAAAUGUUCCAUAUUACCCUUUUAGAGAUACAUCUAAUGUAUAUUAUUAUGAUUUUGAUUUUUAGUUAUACCUCUGGAUUAGCUAGCUCACAUGGUAGACAUAUAGACUCCUUCCUUGCUAUUUUUUGCUUUGAAACACACUUAAACUUUGAUCACUCAUUCCGCCAUAACUUGAGCACUAAGCAUGGGUUUGGUGCGUGUGAAAGAGAGAGAAUAUAUUUUGGAAAGAACUUUCAAGAGUUUGGAAAAUUCAGCAGCCAACCAGAAAAAAAAAAUGGCAAUCAUUUAUUUGAGUGUCUAUACCAUAAGAAAGAGAAAAAUAAAAAAGAGAUAAAUGACAGAUUUUAUUAG